AUUGCAAACCAUCUCUCUUCAACUUAUAAACCCUUCCCUCAAUCUUCUCAUUUCAAGAAGAAAAAAAAUGGCAGCAGCUUCUUUCCAUGCUCGCUCCAACAGUUUGCCUGCUAGAUCACACCCACUGGUCUCAGAAAUCGAUGAGCAAGUUUGCAGGUUGAGACAGUCUCAAGCUGCUUCCACAUCUUCAUCGUCGUCCAUAGGCCACAACUUGAACAGCCUUCAGGGUGUUUAUGAUUGUGUUGACCAGAUGUUCCAACUGCCAGCAACUCAACAAGCCCUGAUCAAUGACCAGAAGAGCUUCAAUGAGCUGUUGGAUGGGUCUCUAAGGCUCUUGGACUUGUGCAGCACUGCCAAGGAUGGUUUGUCCCAGAUGAGAGAGUCUGUGGCUGAACUUCAAUCCGCUAUUCGCAGAAAGCAAGGUGGUUUGGAAGGAGAAACCAGAAGGUACCUGAAAUCUAGAAAGACUGUUAUCAAAGCAAUCCAGAAGGUAUUGAAGGGUAUGGAAAACAAGAAAUCCACUUCAUCCAACAACGUCGAGACGAUCGCCAUGCUAAAGGAAGCUGAAUCUGCUGUUGUUGAGGUUCUGGAGUGCUUGUUGACAUUCAUUUCUCAAUCAAGCUCAAAGCCAAGCAGCUGGUCAUUGAUUUCCAAGCUGAAAAGGGUCUCCUCGGCAAGUGAGAAUGAAUUUGCAGAUGUGGAUGCCUCUCUGAAGACGAACAAAUCUGGUGAGGAGAUCCAAGUUCACCUGAAGAACUUGCAGCCGUGCAUUCAAGAUCUUGAGGAAGGAGUUGAGAGCCUCUUUAGGCGUCUGAUCAAAACAAGAGCCUCCAUUCUCAACAUCCACAAUCUGUAGUUACAUACUCAAAACAAUACUUUGUACAAGUUGUAUAGAAAACUUUGAUACUCAAAUCUAUAAAUAUACAUGGUCCCCAAGUUCCUAGAAAUAUAUCUCUUUUGAUUCAUUGCUUUGUCUACCAGUCUGCACUUCUUGCCCAUUUUAAUUACCACAAAAUAACAGUGAAAGCAGCUCGUGGGAUCAUUUCACAUAGGAAAGGUAAAUAAGAUCGAGCUGAUGAAAAUUUAAAGAGGAACCAUAAUCACAUGGAAGACUGACUAAACCAGAUUAAUUAUUGCAGAAAUGAGUACUCGUCACACGCCCAAAGGCAAUAAUGAACACGUUGAGAAACCAUAUUAAGUGGAUCUUGCCUUCCAAUGGUUCUCUUACAGCCAAAUCAUUGAUUAAAUGAAUCAACCUCCCACGAUUGCAGAGAAAGCUCAAAUCUAAUUGUAUGGGAUCCUGUCUCCCAUUUAUCGAUCUCAAAUGCAUGAGUGGGUUUUAAUCUAACCAACUGCAUAUCUUCUCAGCGGUAUUUACUGCAGUGUCUCCUGUCAACUCAGCACUCCAGCUAAUUUCCAAACUUAGUUUAAUCAUGUUGCACGAGUGGGUUGUGUUUGAAAUGAUAUGAAAAGAUCAAAUAUGGAUGAAACAGAAAUGGGGUUUGGAGAUUAGUAUCUUUUCUAAUCUAACCAACCACCUUUACUCUAUCUAUUUUCCAAUCCAGCCCAAUCAGAAAAUAUGCUAGUCUGCUGGUUCAAUUGAUUGAUUUACCUCAAGUUUCAUCAGCUUCCAGCAGCAUGGCUUAUAAGUAGUCACAUUCUUUCCCAUCACUGCAGUUUGAUGAAAUUAGUGUGUAGACACAAAGGAAAUGACCUUGUUAAUCUUUUCUCAGCAGGUAAUUAAUUUCAACAAAUUACUUUAGAUCUAUUGUUAUUGUUUUCUGACAUGGCUGCUUCCUUACAGAAAGGCAAGAUCCACAUCCUUAGCUAAUAGCUUCCCAAUUUCAUAAUGCCAUCAAUACAAUUAUAUAUAUAUCAGCAAGCUAACCGUGCAAAAGAUUCCAUUGAGUUCCUAACCAAGGGACACACCAGCUCAGCUACCAAUGUCUAGGAAUCCUGACAGCUCGCCUUUCACGAACGUUGUCAAUCUCGAGUUUACCUGCAAUAGAGUCACACCAGGAACAUGUUUAGAACUUGUUCACCUGGGUAGUUGUAAUUUUCUGCAUUUUUCAGAAUAACCGCACUCACCUGGCUUUUUUACCAUUGUCGAAACUGAGAUGAAAUGGAAGAAAGUAUAAACAGGACACAGAAUGUACUUGACAAAGUUGUUUAGUCCAAAAAGGACUUUGUCUAUCACAAGAUUGUUGUACAUACACAAAGAGUAUUCUUUUUUACAUGUUCUAUUGGUCUAGUUGAAGAUGUUAAAGAAGGGAGACUCUAGUUUUGAUCAUCCUUCUGCAGAGGCACUCAAGAGUUCAUGCAAUGUCCCUUGCCUACUGGCUCCCCCGCAGCUCAUAUGGCAAAGAGUAUUUCUUUUUUUACUGAAAGGCUUCUGCUAACACAGAAUAGAGAUGGGCAAUGGACAUUUUCCAAAUGGGGAGAAGGCUAAAACUAUGGAAUCAUGACCUACCUUCAUGGCUCAUCCACUGCCCAUUGAUCAAACAAUUGUAACACAGUGUCAUUGCAGAGAGACACACUGUCGGUUUUUUUGCGUUUGGAUCUAAACUCCAAAACCAUAAUUCUCUCUGUUGUUCCUCCACCUGCCUCUUUGGCCUCCGCACUAACGAGCAAAAAAAAAAACCCAUCAAAAUAACUGCAACUAAUCUGG